GUGGCUCUGUGCCGUCAUGUUGGUUUUGAGUGCAGCCCAGCGCAGCGCAGGGGUUCUCCACAAGACCAAAAAAAAAAAGAGGAUCGCCUGCGCCUGGCCGCAACUCUUGGCGGAUUCUCCGCCCUGCGCUGCCCUGCCGCCCCUUUCCAGAAGCAGGCCCUGUGACUGAUGCAGGCAAGAGAGAGAGACAAGAGACAAAGAGCUCGAGCCCCGGCCUCGCCUUGCCAAGAGAGGCCAGUUGACGUCGAAAUACCAGCGAGAAUUCCUGCCCCACAAUGAUGCAGUGUCAUGCCUAGGGCGUAACCCUUUUUCGCCUCCCUCCAAGCAAACGACACCGUCCAAAAACGACACCGCUCAAACGUCACUCGGAUCGUUGGUGGACCUGGUGGCCCGGCCCCGGCCUGGGCGCAGCAGUUGAGUGUACCGUACCAUACCACAACAGAGAGAAGACACAUAUAUCAAAACGCUAUUUGGUCUCUCAGCCGCGUACACCAACUUGAGGUUCUCGAGCAAACUCAACGAGGAGCCAGAAAUCAACCAACACCCAGCCUCGUGCUUCGUGGUCGACCUGCUGCAGGCGCGCGCACCGCCCUGCCAGUGCCAGCGGUGCACCAAAGCAUCACCAGACGGACCCACCCGUUAUAGCUGACGUACAUACACAUACACAAACACCACACCACCAUGUCAUCAACCACGACAGUCGAGCUCCAGGAGGCUGCCCCAGCCCACACCCACGCCCCAAAACUCGACGGGCCACCACAGCCAGGCCGUCCCAGCCAGGACGACGCGGCGACCAUGACAAGCCCAUCCCGCCCAGGCAGGACCCUCGAGAAGGACAGCAACAGCAACAGCAACAGGAGCCCCAGGGGCAGCAGCGACAGGCCGCGCAGCAGCACCAGCCACGGCGCCACAGGCAUCUCGUCCCUCCCGGCCCCGACAACAGUCGCCCACCCCGUCGAGCGGUGGAACCAGUCGCGGCAGAACACGCUACGGGUCCUGGCGGCGUUCUGGUCCCUGCUGGUGAUGGGGAUGAACGACGCCGCCUAUGGGGCCAUCAUCCCGUACCUGGGGUCCUACUACGGGCUCGAGUACACGCUUGUCUCGCUCAUCUUCCUGUCCCCCUUUGUGGGCUACACGCUGUCGGCGCUGCUCAACAACACGAUCCACCAGAAGUUCGGGCAGCGGGGCGUCGCGAUCUUGUGCUCGGGCUGCCACAUCGUCGCGUAUGUCAUCGCGUGCGUGCACCCGCCUUACCCUGUUCUCGUGGUGGUGUAUAUGCUGGCUGGGUUUGGGAACGGGCUGGGUGAUGCUGCCUGGAACGCAUGGAUCGGCAACAUGGCCAACGCAAACGAAGUCCUAGGCGUGCUGCACGCCUUCUACGGCGCAGGCGGCGUCAUCGCCCCGCUGAUAGCAACAACAAUGAUCACAAAGGCCGGGCUGGAGUGGUACCACUUCUACUACAUCAUGAUCGGCGCCGCCGUGGUCGAGCUCACCGCCACCGUGACGGCCUUCUGGAGGGCCACGGGGAAAGUAUUCCUCGACUCCCACCCAAAGACCACCGACAGCGCGGGCAACUCGAGCCUCAAGGAGGCCCUCCUCACCAUGCCCGCCGCCCGCGUCACCUGGCUGUGCGCCCUGUUCCUGCUGUGCUACGUCGGCGUCGAGGUUGCCCUCGGCGGCUGGAUCGUCAAGUUCAUGCUCGAGGUCCGCCACGGGGACCCCUUCGCGUCCGGCAUGACCGCCACGGGGUUCUGGCUCGGCAUCACCGUCGGCCGUGUCGUGCUUGGCUUCGUCACGCCCUUGCUCGGUGAGAAGCUGGCCGUCAUGAUAUACAUCCCCGCCGCCAUGGGCCUCGAGCUCCUGUUCUGGCUCGUCCCGCAGUUCAUCGUCUCCGCCGUCGCCGUGUCGCUGCAGGGCUUCUUCCUCGGCCCCCUGUUUCCCGCCACCGUCGUCGCCGCCACCAAGUCGCUGCCCAAGCACUUGCACGUCGGCGCCGUCGGCUUUGCGGCUGCCUUUGGCGGUGGCGGCGCCGCCAUCCUGCCCUUCGCGGUUGGUGCCAUCGCCCAGGCAAAGGGCGUCGGCGUGCUCCAGCCCGUCAUCCUGGCAUUUCUGGGCGCCUUGUUGCUGCUGUGGUUAGGCUUGCCCAAUUUCAGCAAGAAGAAGGAUUAAAGAAGCCCAUCCAUCAUUGGGCAUUCAUUUGCAUACGGCGCUGGAUAUUCGCAUUCCAAGGUUCGCAUGGUGGCAGUUCUGGUGUCCAGGCACUCUCGGUUCCCAGGUUCUCAAAAGCAGAAAAGCGAUGUGUUUUACUGUUACGCGUUCUAAAUUUGACGAGCAACGAUGUGAUCUU